UGAGAUGACGCUGAGAUAACUAGAAAGAAGAUGAAAAGUACUUCGCGACGCAGCAUUCUUUAAUUUAAAAACCCAAUUGAAGGGGAAGGAUUUCCUAUUCCACUGUCAAUUGAUUUUCUGAUAACCUCAACAACGAGUACCGUCUAGGCAACAGCAGGCGUUUCGUGUUAUCGUUUCAUUUCAGCCGACCUGAUUAUCGUGCUACGAUACAACAUCGUUUAUUAUUUAAUCGCAUGUGUCAACGUUCAGAGCAUGUCUACUUCGCAGCAGGUGAUGGAAAAUCUGACGGCACAAGUGAACGAGCUGCAAGCUCUGCAGUCAGUCUACCCGACAGAACUUGCAGUGGCGGACUAUGGGGUUUUGGCUGACAUCAACAGCUACAUCGAGUGUUCUGACAGAGAUCCACCACGCUGGCUGGAAUAUGCUAUCACGAUUCCGUUGAAUGGAGAAUUGAUUGAAUUGAUGGUGAGUCUGCCGACUAAUUAUCCCCAAGAGCAACCUGAGAUAUACGCAAGAAGUUCUCGGUUGGAUAGAACACAACAAUAUUUAUUGAAUAAGGAACUUUCUGUCAUCGUUAAAGCUCAAGAGACAGGAGAGCCAUGCAUCUACACAUUGAUAUCAUGGUUGCAAGACAAUGUGGAGACUUAUUUGAAAGCUUCCACAUGUACCCAAACAAUGAAGCGUGAUAAUGCAAAUAAAAAUAAUAUAGGGGACCAAGCUGUUAUAGUUUUCUCUCGAUACUGGAUUUAUAGUCAUCAUAUAUACAGCAAGUUUAAACGACGGGAUAUAGCUAAUCUGGCAAAGGAAAACUUGAUCACAGGAUUCUGCUUAGCUGGCAAGCCAGGAAUCAUUUGCAUUGAAGGAACUCUAGAAGAUUGUGACUACUGUUGGCAAAAAAUUAAAGCUAUGAAUUGGCACAAGAUACUGAUCAAAUUAAUGGAAAAGGAGAAAGACUGUAACAAUGUAGAUAACUUGCGUAAGUUUACAGAUUUUCAAGAGGUCUCUUUUCCCACUACCGAGCGCCACAAUGACAUGGGUCAACUUCUCAAGUAUCUAACCGAACACGACUGUCAGCACGCAUUCAAGGAACUUUUCGGUAUCGAAGGAAAGUUCAACAAACUCUCUGAUUAACAUACAAUUGUAUAAAGAGAAAAAGUUAUAUGAUGUAAUA